CUAACCCUGCUGGGGGCUCCAUCUGGCAGCUUCUAUCGGGUGGGGAGUCAAGCAGGGGGCACUUGCGAAACCGGCCUGGAGGGCAGGCUCAGGCCAGAUCUCCCCGGAGGCCCCCUGCCUGGCCCUCAAACUGGUCCCACUGGUGUGGAGCCUCAGAAGGCAGACAGGGCCAGGCUUCUGAACAGCCGCCUCCACUUCCUCUCCCCUCCCUGUGCCGCCCGCGCGCGGGGCCGUCCCCCCUGCUUGGCGUCUGUAGGCGAUUUUCCACUGGCUGGCGGGGCGCGCGGGCUGCGGGCCUGCCCGUGGAUUCUGCCUCUUUUCUGGAGGUAAACUUUUCUGAAGACACCACCAGCCCCGGGUCCUGCGGGUCUCUCCCACAAAGCAAAGCAGGAGGGAGCCCCGAGAGCACCAGCCACUCUGCCAGGCUGCCUGCCCUGGAGGCCCACACCCCAGGGGUUCCGUCGAUGCCCUGGUGCCACUUGGAGAGCCCAGCCCCACGCAGAGGCCAAGGCCGCCAGUGCCCACAGCUGGUUCCAGAUGAGGAUGCUGAAGUCCAGAGGAUGAUCAUGAAGUAUGUUGAGUCAGGAUCUCCUAAACCGGCCCAGAGCCCGAGGUCUCCAAAAUGAGGAGGAAGCACGAGGCCAGCCGCCGCAGAGGAUAAAAUGCCAAGCCCAUGCUCUGCCUUCAGGUGCCCAGCAGCCCACACGCUUUCCUAGUCCCACCAGGAACCGUCGGUCUCGGUCCCUUCCUGCCUCCACUCUUGCUGUUGGUCCUCCAGCUGACCUGUCACCAUGGCAGCCCUGAUUGCAGAAAACUUCCGCUUCCUAUCGCUCUUCUUCAAGAGCAAGGAUGUGAUGAUCUUCAAUGGGCUGGUGGCCCUGGGCACGGUGGGCAGCCAGGAGCUAUUCACUGUGGUGGCUUUCCACUGCCCUUGCUCACCAGCCCGGAACUACCUGUACGGGCUGACAGCCAUCGGGGUGCCCGCCCUGGCGCUCUUCCUCAUCGGCGUCAUCCUCAACAACCACACCUGGAACCUGGUGGCCGAGUGCCAGUACCGGAGGACUAAGAACUGCUCGGCUGCCCCCAACUUCCUCCUCCUAAGCUCCAUUGUAGGCCGUGCGGCUGUGGCCCCUGUCACCUGGUCUGUCAUCUCCCUGCUGCGUGGUGAGGCCUAUGUCUGUGCUCUCAGCGAGUUUGUGGACCCCUCCUCGCUCACAGCUGGAAAAGAGAGCUUCCCACUGGCCCACGCUACAGAAAUCCUGGCCAGGUUCCCAUGCGGGGAGGGCCCUGCCAACCUGUCAGGCUUCCGGGAGGAGGUCAGCCGCAGGCUCAAGUACGAGUCCCAGCUCUUCGGGUGGCUGCUCAUCGGCGUGGUGGCCAUCCUGGUGUUCCUGACCAAGUGCCUCAAGCAUUACUGCUCCCCACUCAGCUACCGCCAGGAGGCCUACUGGGCACAGUACCGCACCAACGAGGACCAGCUCUUCCAGCGCACGGCCGAGGUGCACUCGCGGGUGCUGGCUGCCAACAACGUGCGCCGCUUCUUUGGCUUCGUGGCGCUCAACAAGGAUGACGAGGAGCUGGUUGCCAAGUUCCCAGUGGAAGGCACACAGCCGCGGCCGCAGUGGAACGCCAUCACUGGCGUCUACUUGUACCGUGAGAACCAGGGCCUCCCACUCUACAGCCGCCUGCACAAGUGGGCCCAGGGUCUGGCGGGCAACGGCACGGCCCCGGACAACAUAGAAAUGGCCCUGCUCACCUCCUAAGGGUCCUGGUCCCAUGCUCUUUGCCGAUGACACGGCUUGGCCCCAGACUGAACCUCACUGCCUGCUCACGGCAGGAUCAGAGGGGACUUUUUUUUUUUUUUAAACUAUAGCUUUUGGGGGAAACUGGCCAGAAGAAAGGAACACAAAGUCAAAGUGGGGUGCAGAUAUGAGAGCAAGCAGACAGCAUGGUCAGCUCUGGCGGGAAGGCUCUCGGACCUGAAGAAGUUUCCUCUCCUGUUGCCUCCAGUCACUCAGUCAACAGCUUUGGAGAAAAGCCCCUUUCCCAGAUCUGGUCCUUAAUCAUGAUGAUGACUGGAGGUCCUUAACGAUGUGGAGGACCUUUUAUGGGCAGGACCCCUUGGCUGGGGAGCCCUGGCAGCAGAGCCAGGUGAUGAUGACACUCACCAGCAGGCGCCCUUCUAUGAAACAGUGUGCAGCUCAUUUGCACCUAACUGCAUUCGGACACCUGGCUCAGUGGUGCUCCGCUGGGAAGCGGCCCUCCGAUGUAUGCCUUCAGCUUUAUUUUAUAUACAUUUCUGAUAAAGCUUUUCUUAGUAUAAAGGAA